CCCAGGGACAGGAGGAUGUCCCCAGGGCAGAAUGCUGGGACAGGAGAACGUCCCGGGGACAGGAGGGUGUCCCGGGACAGGAGAACAUCCCAGGGACAGGAGGAUGUCCCGGGGACAGGAGGAUGUCCCGGCAGGACCCGCCACCGGCCCCGCUCCGGAGCUGACUCAGCUCCUCCCGCAGCAUCACGUGGAGCCGGGGCAGCCCCUCGUCCCCCCCUCCUUGUCCCCUCCUUCCCAUCCCAACCCGAUGUUUGCCAAAAUUUUCCGGCUGCCUCCAAACUUCCUCAAUCCGGCAGCAUAAAGCCGCGGCUCCCGCGGGCCCCGAGCAGGAGGUUCUGUUCCCACAGGAGGGUGGGCACAGGUGUCCAGCUGGUCCCCAGGAUGUGGUGGCCCGUGCUGCUGGCCCUGCUGGUCCCCGCGGCGCUGGCCCAGCCGCACCCGCAGCGGGAACUGGACGCGCAGUGGGAGCUGUGGAAGAAAACCCACCGCAAGCAGUACAACGGGCAGGCGGAUGAGGUGACGCGGAGGCUGAUUUGGGAGAAGAACCUCAAAUACAUCAACACCCACAACCUGGAGCAUUCCCUGGGCGUCCACACCUUCGAGCUGGCCAUGAACCACCUGGGUGACAUGACCAGCGAGGAGGUGGUGAGGACAAUGACAGGGCUGAAGGUGCCCCGUGGUCACCAACGCCACAACGAGACGCUCUUUGUCCCCGACUGGACCGAGAGAGCCCCGGCUGCCGUGGACUGGCGCAAGAAAGGCUACGUGACCCCUGUCAAGAACCAGGGCCAGUGUGGUUCGUGCUGGGCUUUCAGCUCGGUGGGUGCCCUGGAGGGGCAGCUGAAGAGGAAAACGGGGAAACUGCUGUCCCUCAGCCCCCAAAACCUGGUGGACUGCGUGGCCAACAACGACGGCUGCGGGGGCGGCUACAUGACCAACGCCUUCGAGUACGUCCGGCAGAACCGCGGCAUCGACUCCGAGGACUCCUACCCCUACAUUGGGCAGGACGAGAGCUGCAUGUACAGCCCCACCGGGAAGGCGGCCAAGUGCCGCGGCUACCGCGAGAUUCCCGAGGGCAAUGAGAAGGCUCUGAAGAGGGCGGUGGCCCGGAUUGGUCCCAUCUCCGUGGGCAUCGACGCCAGCCUGCCCUCCUUCCAGUUCUACAGCCGGGGCGUGUACUACGACGAGAGCUGCAACGCCGAGAACAUCAACCACGCCGUGCUGGCCGUGGGCUACGGGGCACAGAAGGGCACCAAGCACUGGAUCAUCAAGAACAGCUGGGGCGAGGAAUGGGGCAACAAGGGCUACGUCCUCCUUGCCCGCAACAUGAACAACGCCUGUGGUGUGGCCAACCUGGCCAGCUUCCCCAAGAUGUGACCGGCCCGCCCAGCCCUGCCCUGCCCACUGCCCUGCUCUCCAGCUUGGCCUCUCCCCUCCCACUCUCCCAGAUGAAGGUGCUCCCAGGGGGAAUUCUUUUGUCUCCGUGAGAAAUUUCCCCUGGGAAGGGGGGAGACACCCCUCUUCACCUGCAGGGAAUGGGGGAUGAGCCCCUCAACUUUGUUUUCUGCAUUUUGCCAUGCUGGAUUCUGCCAUCCUGUGAAGGCCAAUCCACCCAGACAUGCUUCAGGAAACAGGUUCCACACCAGCCUCUGCCUCAGGAGCACUGGGGUGGAGGUGGAAUAUUCCCAAUGGAAAAAGCAGAUCCCUCUCCCUCCACCCUGCAUCCCAGUGGAGGCUGCUGAGAAUAAGACUUUAUUUUUCAACUAAAAUUGGGAAUAAGG